AUGAAGAAGAUUUUCGUUUCCGCUGCGGAAGCCGGGCGCGUCUACACCGAUCCCUUUCCACAAUACACGACCCUCUGCACCCACGUGGUGGCGAGACAACGUGCGACACCGGUUCCCGCAUUGUCGAAAGUCAGUGUUCUCAAAUACCUUGAUUCGGCUCAGAAGAAGUCGAAUACAUUCUGUGCCACAAACGGAAACGGUAUACCUGUGCCAUCAGCCAUGCCUCCCAAAAAGUCUCCAUUGGUUUUUCGUCAGAAGAAAUCAAAUGGAAACAAUGGCAUCCCCGUGAAAAGGAGCAAGUGGAGACACAGCUUUGUGCUUCACGAAGAGUCUGAAGAAUCCAGCGACGAGGACGAUUCGGAAGCAGUCCCACCAGCGCUCCCCAAGAUGCGCGAGGCAGAAAAUGAUUCUUCGGAUGAGGAUGCCGAUCUGAAGCAUGCGACCCCUCAGGGGAAAAACGUCAAAGUAUCUAAGAUGAAGAAACAGACUGGAAAGCCUUUGAAACCGCAGAUUCCCGAGGAAGAUGAUGAGGACGACGAGGAUGAUGAUGAAGACGAUGACGAGGAGGACGAGGAUGAUGAUGAAGACGCCGAGGAGGACGAGGAGGAUGAUGAUGAAGAAGGAGUAGAAGACGACGGCCCUAGAGCCCGGAAGGCGAAGAUCGGACCAUCACAACCUAAAAAAAAUUGCAGGUUGAGAUCCCAGCAGAGAGCUCAGAUGAAGAUGACGACGACGAUGAUGAUGAAGAAGAUGUCGACGGUAUCGAUGAAGACGGACGCUGACGAAGCUGAAGGCGAAGUCGGUAUGGAGUCAGAUCCUGAAUCCGAGGAAGAACCGAUGGAAGUCUCGAGCAAGAAGUCGUCAAUCACGGCUGCGCAAAAGCGGAAAACCCAAUCGGAUAGCGGUGAGGAUCAAGACGAGGAUCUCCCCUUGCCAAAACUGAAAUCCGACAAGGCCAAGAGGAAGAAACUCGGAAGUGAUUCGGAAGGAGAAUCAGAAGAGCAGGAAGUAAAGUCCUCGAAAAAAAAGCCAGUGAAGAAAGUUGAUGAAAAACAAAUCAAUGAAAAGCUCGUGGAGGUCUUCGAUGCCUAUAAAACGACUGAAGCCGAGGAGGAACAAUUCCGAAACAAUUAUGUUACGAUGGUCAGAUCGUGGCUGUUCAUUCCGCGGGUUCCGGAAGAAGUCACCGCAGAAGAAAUCAAGAAACUCCACCCGAAAAUAAAUAGGGUGAAACUCCCCCCGAAAGGAGGCAAAAACUUCGCCUUCCUCAACUUCGCAUCCCCACAAGACGCCGAAGAAGCAAAGAAAGAGCUUAACAAGCAAACUUGCAUAGUCGCCGGGGAAGCUAUCAAAAUUCAAAAAGCUAAAGAGUUCGGAAUGACUCCGCCAACGUACAUCAAUCGGAAGAAGCUGACGAUCAUAGCUUGUCCGAAGGAAACCACCCAGGAGGAACUGUGCAAGCUGUUUCCGCAAGCUACCACGGUGUGGCUCUCGAAAAACCCUCGAACGGACACCGUCGAGAAUUAUCUCGACUUUCCUGAUGAGGCAGCUGCCAAGGAGAACCUGGCGAAAAACGCGACCGUGACUCUGCACGGUAAAUGCUGUGCUAUGUUCUACGGUAACUACACAAACAAGAAGAAAGUUGCCAGUCGGAAGUUGAAGAGGAAAUUCGAAUCGGGCAAAGCGAUCAAUGUGUCUAAGAUCACGGCUGAUGCCCCGAAACGGAUGAAGAAAUUCGAUAAGCGGAACGGUCGCGAAGGCGGGGACGAUAAAGGGCUCUCGACGAACCUAUCCAGGAGCGAGGAUGACAACGAGGGCGGAUUCAGGGGAAAUUCUCGGGAGGAGGUCGUGGCGGUAGAGGAGGAUUCAGUAGGGGCGGGAGAGGAGGCUUCGAUCGGGACGGUGGGGGUGGUUUUAACAGGGGCAGGGGUGGAUUCGGAGGAGGAUCCGAUCGGGGAGGUCGCGGCGGCUUCGCUCGAGGUGGUCGCGGCGGUUUCGAUAGAGGUGGACGUGGUGGUUUCAACAGAGGUGGUCGCGGAGGUUUCGAUCGAGGUGGUCGCGGUGGUUUUGGUCGAGGUGGUCGCGGAGGAUUCAGUCGCGGAGGUCGCGGUGGAUUCGGUCGAGGAGGUCGUGGCGGGGGCUUCAACCGGGAAAGCCGCGCGGAAACGAACUGAGUUAGUGUCGUUUUCAAUGCAUUUGUACAAAGUGUUGAAAUGA